CAAAAAAUCGUUGGUAAAACGAAUGAAAAAUAUUCAGCUGCACGAACCGGUGUUCUUGGAAUAUGCAUUACAAUACAAAUUCUUAUUGAACACGAUCUAUUAUCAUUAUCGAAUUAAAGCAUGUAUGAAGUACAUGCCAGCGGGUCGGCCAAACAAGAGACUAACAUCAUAUCUUAAAAAUGAGGAACCGACUUUUUUCGAUCGCCUAUGCGAGUUUGUCUUGAACUAAAUCGCGUGAAAUCUCGAUGCGAAGGUUCCUCUCUGCCUAUACAGCAGACUAGUAUUCAUAAUCUUGCUAAUGUCCACUUAUACCUUCUUCUUUCUACAGUUGCCGGUGUCUCUUUGAAGCUCACUUUAUGAUAAGACGGUCAGCGCCUAAAGGCGAAUUCGUCAUAAGAAAUAAAUAAAGCGUUUAUAAAAAAAAAAAAAAAAAAAAAAAAUUUGAUACUGUUGGUAAUUAUCCAAUGAAUGAAACAUUUCCGAUGAAUUAUGUUCCUGGAUGAAUUGGUUUAUCUGUUAACUUUACAUAUACUGAUUACAAAUAUCUUUCGACUAGAAAUCAUAUUCCAUUGAAUAAUCGUUCAUUUACAAUUGAUUUUUACUGGUGAAUGCCAAUCAUCGACAAAUGAUCACUGUUUAUGUCUCAAUGUUCGUUAUAAACUUCUUCGUCUAGUAUUUUUUAGCGAUGAUACAUUUGCCAAAACAAAUUUAAGGAUAAAUCGAUGGUAUCACGCAACAUUUGUGUACGAUUCGACAGUAAAACAGCAGUUGAUUUCUUUAAAUGGUUUAUUAGAUGGGAAUAGAACUGUGAGUAAUCAUUUGUGUGCAACAGUUGCAUUAUUUACAAUUGGUGGUGGACCGGCUGGUGGAGAUUCAUCACCGUUUAUUUGUUAUUCUGGUUCUAUUGAUCAUUUUGGAACCAGUUAUCGAGUUAAAAGUCCAUGUGAAAUCGACUUAAAUGCAAUACUUUUCUGUUAUUUUCAAUUUGAAUCUUUCUCACCUUUCAUUGACUCUGAAUCAAAUCUGAUCGAUGCCAUCAAUUCAAAUGGAAUUCAAACAAUUGGAGGCGAAGGUGAAAGUCAACGGCAUAUUGUAAAUCAUGGCUAUCAAAUACCAGAAGCCUGA